CACUCCUCUCAUCACAAUAUAUAUAUUUUCCUUUUAACAAACUAUAAUUUGAAAUUAUUUCAAAUUACGUUUUAGGGAAAAUUAAUCUUUAAUCAUGGCAAAGAUCUCCUUUGCGCUUGUCGUUGUCGCUCUUAUUGUCUUUCAACAAGUAUCUGAGGCUCAUCGUCCGAUAGAUUUCAACGAAGAAGUACUUGAAAAGGACUUGCAUGAAGCCAAGGACUUGAUAGAAGAAGACUUGAGAGAGAAAGAAACGAGCAUCAGGAACUUGGAAAGCGAGGUUAGUUUGUUAACCAAAUCUGAGAUGAUGCUUACUCAGCUCGAACUUGCUUACAAAAAUGGUAGAAAUCUUGAGCAUUUCGGGAAAAAACUCAAGAAAUUCAACAGGAGGAUCAAGCGGGCUCCUGAGGAAGUGAGAUACGUUUCCAUCAUCCAGUCCAUUUUGAAGGAUUUGGGAUUAAACGGAGGGAGACAUUAAAAACAAGAAUUAGGGUUUGAUGCGUUCAAAGGAGGUUUGAUAUUCGCCCAUGGAGUUUGGCUUUACAAGUGAGAGGAGCAAAAUCAUUUGCCCAUAGUAUAUAUAUUUAUGUAUUUAAUUGCAUCAAUUAAAUGAAAUGUAUUACUAUACUAAUAUUGUAAUUUGUAUUUUUCUUUCUUUUUUUCUGCGCUGAGAUUUUGUUAAUUUAGUUAUCUCGCAAUGUAUCUUAAAAUAGUUACAAUUAAUAUAACAGAUACUUUUUGUUUUUCAUACAAAUAAAAAUGAUUCAUGAUCGAGUUUGAUACC